UCCUUCUUUACAAAUCCAAUAUGUAGUACCAAAACCACUAUAAACCCAACAAAUUCAUCUUGAGCUAAACAAAAACAAGCUCCCAAAAUGAAUUCAACUUCAACCUUGAUACCUUCCUCUCUUCAACUGCUUCUUUUAGUCUCUUUGGCUCUCUUCCUACCAUCUAUCAAAUCCUCUUCAGAUUACAGCACCUUAGUGUACAAGAAUUGUGCAAGUCAAACAUUCACAAGUACAUCAAUAUCACACUCACAAACCCUUUCCUCUCUUUUCCAAGAGCUAGUAGCACACUCCUCCCAAUCCAAGUUCUUCAAAACCAUUGAAGGAAACAGUGAGACCGCCAUUUCUGGUCUCUUUCAAUGCAGGGGGGACAUGAGUGAUGAAGAGUGCCACAACUGUGUAAACGCAAUUCCUCAAAUGUCAGACAGCUUGUGCAGCCUUGCAAUGGCAGCUAGAAUUCAGCUUUUUGGGUGCUACACACACUAUGAGGCUGAUGGUUUUCAUGAACCAGAUGCAACUACUUCCAAAACUAAUUUGCUCUACAAGAUUUGUGGUGAAUCUGAGGCAGUGGAUGGUGGGUUUGUAGAGCUUAGAGACGCGGCGUUUGCAGCUCUUGAAAGUGGUGUUGUGAGUGGUAAUGGGUUCUUUUCAUCGAGCUAUGACUCGGUGCAAGUGACGGCACAGUGUGAAGGUGAUUUAGGGGGUUGUGAUUGUGGGGAAUGUGUGAACAAUGCAGUGCAGGUUGCUCAGGAAGAAUGUGGGAACUCAGUUUCAGGAGAAAUUUAUUUGGACAAGUGCUUCAUCAGCUAUUCUUACUAUCCGGAUGGGACACACGGCAACUCUAAACACGAGGGCCAGAAAGGCAAAAAUAGCAGUGGGAAUAAAACAGCAGCAAUUGUUGUGGGAGGGGCAGCAGCUUUAUUUUUGGGGUUUAUUUUCUUUUCGUGUAUCAAGUCUUGGAAUAAGAAAGAUGAUGAUUAAUU